UUGUUGCAACUUUUAUGGAAAAACGCAAGAAUGAAAAGGGUAUUAUACGACUAGAAAAAUAUCAAAAAUGUAUUGAAAUUCUCAAAAAUCCAAAUAUCAAAGCUGAUGAUGCAAAAUUGAAGUUUUGGACAAAAGAAAGAUUUGUUUUAAUUAAAGUUGAUGGAUUACAUGUGUUGAAUUUAAAAUCUGAAGACAGACAAGUUAUUCCAUUUGAAGAUUG